GUUGUCGGUUGGCGCCGUUUGGGCACGCUAGUGUUGGUGCGCGGGUGUUGUGUCGUGGGUUUUGUUGUUGCUUUGUUUGUUUUUCUUGGAUACAUUUAACCACACAUGUGAUAAGGAGAUGUCGCUGGAGCCAGAGGCGCACCAUUGGCUGCCCGCCUACGGCUUCCAGCAGCCCCAGGAUUUGCAGGAGGCGCUGGAAAGGAACAUGGAACUUUUCUCUACCGAUGGCCAAGGGGGCGGAGUGGGCGGCUCACAGUACCUACUGCUGGAGACUAUAGUAGAGGAGACCUCGGAUGACCUUAGGUCCGAGUCAUCGUGUUCCGGACCCGCGGGAUGGCCUGACAGCGACUCCGACACUGCAUCUGUCAUCCACGUCUGCAGCAUAGGGGUAGCAGUUAAGUCUUCAGAGUGGAGCGGCAGCGAGCGCGAACUAGCCGUCCCUUGCAAGCGGCGCCGCCACAACUCCGACCCAGGGGUACGCGAUGACGAGGACGACCAUGGGGACGCCGAGGUCCGUGACGUGGAAGUCGUCGUCUCCCGGUCCAGCAGUCUGCUGCAGUUCGAGAACCUAGAGCGACAUUGUGAGGAUGUGUUUAGAACUUCGGCCACCAACGAACCUUUCCCCGCUUCUCCCUCGAGGACUUCCAACUUCAGCUUCGACUCUUUGGAGACCAGCAGGUGGAAGUUCUGUGGCUCUCAAGACAGCCUGGACGAGGAAGGCACCAGCGGCUCAUCAGCUGACAGCACCAGUGACGUCACCAGCAGCGAUGACGACAUCACACGGUGGAGUCGCAGCGACAACAGCAGCUUCCGGUCCAGCGGGAUCCGGUCGUGUCGUAGCUACGACAGUCUGGUCACUACGCAGUCGCAAUCGAACAGCAUCCUGAGCGGGGAACUGUCGCAGAGUCUGAACAACACUUCGCUACCCCCAGAGGAGACUGAGCCGCCGCCCAUGCCCAGGGGGAUAUACAAGACUGUGGAGUGCCUAACAGAAGCUCCUCCUGUGGCGUGUAGGACACAUGCGGACCUGCAGAGUGAGAAACCUAAAGAGGAGAGUAAAGACAGCAAUGCUAAGAGACCCGAGCGAUCCGCGGAGAACCUCAGCGAAGACAGCGGCUUCGGAGAACACAUGUCGUCCUGCAACCUGACCCGCGGCCAAGCGGACGAGUACACGACUCAGAGAAACGACGAGGGGAGUUGGGACUCUAGUGACGCGCGAGCUAAAUAUAAUCGAGUCAACUGGCAAAGUGCCCCUGAUCUAGCGGACCCCGCGCAGUGCGAGCGAGACGCUCCUGGCUUGUACGGGUUCGGUAGUAAAUCGCUCGUCAUCAACUAUGUCCAGCGCCAAGAGGACGAGGAGUUAGAGGAGGUGGUGCCGGAGACGAAAUCGUUAGUGACGAAGAUGUCGCGAUCGUCGUCGAGGUUCUCCUCAGUGGCGAGCACACCUAACCUGUACUCCGCUACGGAGGAGUUUCUCGCGGGAGAGAGAAAAGUGAGUUUAAGACAGAGUACGGUGUCGUUGUCCAGAGUCAAGUACGAUAGUGCGUCGCGACUCAGUGCUACUACGGGGAGUUCGAGGGGGAGUCGAGCGAGUAAUAUACAGAUAACUACCAGCUUCGUCAACUUGUCACACAGCAACAGUGUGAAGGGUGUCCACUUCAGCCCCGUGGUGUCGGAGGUCAGUUGGCAGGACACUAGCAGCGAGGAGGAAGAGGUGACGAGUAGCGAGAGGUCCGCGUCCACGCCGCCGUUCGAGCAGCUGGUGGAGAGGUUGCGGUCGUCACCUCCACGGAGAGCGCCGGAGCAGGACACGGAGCGGCGCCGGAUCAUAGAGGAGUUGCACCGACUGAAGCUAGAGAAGGAGAAAGCCCCGCCCAGGAGUCACGUGGGGCCCGCGGGUCGGCUGGCGGAGCUCGCGUCAACGUCAGUGUCGAGCGAGCCGUCGAGCAUGGAGGAGCGCAAGAAGAAACACACCGGCCUCGGCGGGUUCUUCCACAGAUUCUCGUUCAGACGUCUGAGCGGUCGCGACAAAAACAAGAAGGAAAAGAAGAAAACCCUGGUGAAUAGUUCUACGUCGACGCAAAACCGAGUGAAUGUGCGCGAACGCGAUGAGGACUUUAAAAUCAUCCCUCUUCACGCUCCCAGUGAGAAACUCAGCGAGAGUGAGAAACUCAUCGCUAGUGAGAAACUCAACGCGAGUGAGAAACCCAAACCACCCCCAGCCACCCCCGAGCCGGCCGCGUCGCCGCCUCCACGCAAGCCCGCACCCAGUCCCGCCAUGGCCGUCAACCCCCGCGGACUGUUAGAGACAGACAUCGACUCCGACACUGUCGCCCCGGCUAGCAAAAAAACUAGGAGUUUGUUGAACUUGGACGAUGGGAGGAAUGCGUUGAAACCGUGUCCGGUACAAAGGGAGGAUUCUAGGGAGAGUGACUCGAGAGCCAAGUCCAUGGAGUUCCUGUUGGAUAAGGAGAACCAGGCUGCAGUGAAGCCCCCAGAGAAUGAGCUGCAGAAGGUGGGUGGGGAUCGAGUGAUGUCCGAGCACCAACUCCGAGUGCAGCGCUCACUACAGAAGCUCAACGUGCCCGAGUGGUACCGCAACUCACAGUUGCCUGCGCAAGGCUUCUUGCUGAAGCGGGGCAGUGAUGCGGGGCUGAGCGGGGCAGGAGCUAGUCACGGGGGAUGGCCGGGGCUUCACAACAAGACGACCUCACUGUCCAGCCUUGGGUCCACACAGUCUGCCGCGCCUACACCUCGCAGUCCUAACAGCCAUGCGCUAAGUCCGAGCCCCACGUCGGCAGUCUUCUCCCGAUGGAGUACCAGCAGAUUAAGUGGAGGCAGUAAUGCCACCUCGACAAGUACUUCACCCUGCGGCUCUACCAGGUCUAGCUUCAACUAUCGCCAACCUUACCUCGGGUGGCGGUCCCAGGAGAGACUGUCACGACCACGUACACCCGCCGAGAGAAUGGCCGCCGACCUGCUAGCCCAGAAGAAACAGCAGGAGAGUGGGCAGCAGCCGCAGAAUGCUCCUAACCUCAACGAGGUCCGGACGUCCAUCAAGGAAGUGACGUCGGCCAUUGUACACUACGUGUCCGGCACCAAGGACUCAACGGAUAGACUCUCUCCGGCCCUCAACCCUCGAUGGGACCGCGACACCAGCUCUUCCAGGUCAGCCUCCCCUCGUGGCAGCACGGGCCGACUGUGUUGGCUGGAGAGCUCCUUCGUCGGGUCUCGUCCACUAGACGUCCCCGAGACCCCCGCGUCCACCACUACCACCUCCCAUGACCUCUACCUAGAGCUUGCCAAUCACAACGCGCAGCCCAAUGGGCCGAGAGACGGCGGCCGGUCAAGACCCAGUCCUACGUCGACAACAAUGGAGGACGUCCUGGACUCACUCCUAGGCCUUCCUCCGACCUCCCGUUCCCCUUCACCUUCUUCUCCUUCUCUCCCACUUCCUUCCCAACCCAAACAACGCAGAUCCUGUGGCGAUCUCCACCAAGCAGAGUCAGCUAGCAGCGAAGGGGAGGGAGAGCUGGGGCGCCGCCGUAGCGAAGGCUACGACCCCAAGCUGGCCUUGGCUCCCCGCGCACGUCGAGUCUCCUUCGAGGUAGAGGGCAACGGGCUGGUUCGCUGUCGCUACUCAAAGUGUGGAAAGACUUCAAACGUUUCAGACGCCAGGAGAACAUUCAAAACCUGCCACAACUGCGCUCACGCCUACUGCUCGCGCGAGUGUCGCCGCGCUCACUGGGAGAAACACCGAAAGACUUGCCUCCACUCGCGAGUGGGCGCUUUGUGCCGUAGAGUGUUGUCUGCCGUAAAAGAAGACUCAGAAACGCUCCACCACAUUUCCUUACUCGCUCGAAGAGGCUUCCUAGCUCGUGGUCGAGGUGCGGUUAAGAGUUUCUUUUCGAGUCCAGAACUUGCGGAGAAAUUUGUCACUAGCGGGUUAACUGAAAUGGGCGAACCGACUUAUAUCCGAUGGGCCGAUCUGUUGCCGAACGAGAUGGGCCCAGAACUGUACAAGGAACUGUUAAGGUUAUGUAAGUCAUACAAUCCGGAUACAAGGUUGGUUCUGUACGUCGCUGUUUGUGUGGUUAGCGAAGUUCCGACAAGUGGAGCUGUUAAGUGGGAACGACAAUUGGUGUCGCGAUGUGCGAAACUGAGACUGAGUAAACCGUUGAUUCCUCCGAAACAACCUGCGGCUAACAUUACACGAGACAGCGACGACCCUGAGACUCUGAUACUAACGUCUUUACCCGGAGUCAGUCAAGGAAGUCAACGAGCAAGACAGAUCAGCUUCACCAACAUCCAACGCCACCUACGACAACGAGGGGUCAGUCUCCGCAAACAGUUCCCGGAGGUGUACCAGCGUCUGUGUGCGUACGUCGAGGGAUCCUCGGAACGCUUCACCCCCGUCACUAUCUACCCCAAAGACUCGGCGACAGGGAAGAGUUUCAUGUGUAUUAUUAUGCCGGAUGCAGAGCCGGAGAAACUGGAACUUUUACCGACGGAUAGUAGCAGGGUCCAGACAGUGGACAUCAGUCAGGAGUCACAAUAGUGAAUCAAUUCUAGCUCAGUUACCUUUACAAUAAAAACCACUAAUGGGUGAAUAGCCGAUUCAAAUCUAAAGUUAAUUUGCUGUGACUUAAAUUUUAUCAUGAUAGUAAUUUAUGAUAUCCUAACUAAUAUUAGGGAAUGUUUAACAUUAUACGUUUAGUUUCGGAAUCCUAUUUGAAUUUUUUUACAUAUACCACUGUGCCAAUAUUUUGACACAGAAUAUUUUACCUUUGUUACAGCCUAAUUUUCUUUCUGUAUUUCUCUUUUAAUUGGACAAUACUUGUAUAUGUUGCUGCAAAGUACUGUGUUUUAUAUAUAAAUACUUAGGUUGUGUUUUUCAAACUCGAGUUUCUACUUCAGUCAUGAAGUUCACUGCCCAUCAAUGAAAAUGGUGUCAAUGAUAUCAUAAAAUCAUACAAAAACACCAGUAUGUCUGCUGGGUUUUCUUUCUGGAAUAAUACCUUUGUUAUUUAUUUACUUAAUCAUUCUUGUAUAAAUUAAAAAAAGUUAAAAAGUUUUUAUCUGGAUUUGGUUCUUGAAAAUAUUAAAAUUGGCAAUUUCAAUCUGUCAAUAACUGAAGUAAAAUUAUUAUAAAUUUUGAAAUAAUAUUUAUACCACUUAUAAACCUAAUUUGUAAUAUUGUAUAUUCAUUUUUGUUAUAAUCUUUAACUUAAUUUUUAAAUUUUUUUAUUCAUGUUAUUUAUGUUCUUAAUAGUUACAACUUUAUAAUUACUUUUCAAAUUUUAGUUUUGAAUGUGCAAUUAAUUUACAAUUGACAAUACCGUAUGCCAUAAUAAUUAGUUGUUUGAUUAGUCGGAUUAAGCAUGCAUUUUGAAUUUAGGCUUAUGUGAAAAAUUGGCUGUGUACUAAAUAUAGGUAUAUCGUAUAUAUUACAUGCUUUGUCAUAUGAUAGGGGUUGAUGCCAAAGUACUGCCUAAUCUACCUAAAGCAUUAAGGCAUUAAGAACUAGUUUUGUAACUUAUGAAACCAUUUGACAAAUGUACUGUAUUAAGUUUAAAAGCAUUUAAUUACUUUAUUAAUAUUUGUUAACAAUGUCAUAAACAUCUGUUUACAAAUAAUUUAUUACUGUUGUUUUGUAAGACCCUGACAUUUUAAUAAGUUUAAUAUGCUAGCCAAUCAAGAAAAUAGCGUGAAUUGUUGACAUUAAGAGUUAUAUAAGUAGAUUUAUUUUUUAAUAAAUCAUUACUACUCUUC